UUGCUAACAAGAUGUGGAUAGGGUGAGAGUGGAACGAAUGCAGACCGCGGUGUCCACUUUUCUACUGCUGGUUUGCACAAAACAAGUUAAGAACUACGUUUCCCGGCACGCCUUUCCCGUCUCAGCAUUCGAACGUAUUGGUGGGGCGACUGGUUGAGUGCUGACAUAGCUGCUUCCAUGGAGUUGUUGAGGUCCAAGAUCGGUCUACAGUUAAUAAUCUUAUUUUUUCUAGGCUUAUUCAUUCCCACAGCAACUGCACUCAUUGAGGGACUUUACUGCGGUACAGAUAUUUGCUAUGAUGUGCUUGGGGUAUCGCGAGAAUCCACAAAGUUGGAGAUUGCACGGGCUUACAGACAGCUGGCAAGAAAGUAUCACCCGGACAGGUACCGGGCCGGGGAUCCAGGUCUGGCUGGAGAGACUGCAGAAAGUGCCCAUCAGAAAUUCCUACUCAUCGCUACUGCCUACGAGACGCUGAAGGAUGAAGAGUCGCGGAAGGAUUAUGAUUACAUGCUGGAUCACCCUGAAGAGUACUACAGCCACUACUAUCAUUACUACAGUAGGAGGCUGGCGCCCAAAGUAGACGUCAGGAUAGUCAUUCUCGUAACAGUGUGUGCCAUCUCUCUCUUCCAGUAUUAUAGCUGGUGGAGUAGCUACACUGAAGCCAUUAACUACCUAACCACCGUACCCAAGUACCGAAUCCAGGCGACAGAGCUUGCUAGGCAACAGGGGCUGCUCAACAAGACAAAAGAGAAGGGUAAAAACAGGAGGUCGAAGGAAGAGAUCCGAGAAGAGGAGGAGGAAAUUAUCAGGGACAUCAUUAAAACCAAGAUCGACAUCAAAGGCGGCUACCAGAAGCCCAAUAUAUCAGACAUACUGCUGUGUAAGAUCGUGCUAGCUCCCUACUUCUUGUGCAUGUACAUCAUGUGGUACUGUCGGUGGAUAUACCGCUUCACCAUCAAGGGGGAGGAGUAUGGGGAGGAGGAGAAGCUCUACCUCAUUUGCAAGAACAUGAAGAUGUCCCAGGCUCAGUUUGACAGCCACGAGGACCAUCAGGUGCAAACCUUCUUGGAACGACAACUUUGGAUCAAAGAAAACUAUGAGGUAUACAAGCAAGAGCAAGAGGAAGAGAUGAAAAUGAAGAUGGCGUCAGACCCUCGGUGGAAAAGAUACAGACGGUGGAUGAAAAAUGAUGGGCCUGGAAGGUUAACGUUCAUUGAUGACUGAAGACAAACAACAUUACACUCAUACAAAUAUAGAAACAAUAUGCAUAUACAUAUAUCUGUCAAUUUAAGAUGAUUUUCGUAGUAUAAGUUAUGUUGGAGGGUUUGCGUGCACGUGCAUUGCGGACUCAGGAAUUUGCAUAAGAUGCAGCUUCCCUAACAGCUCUCGUUAGAGCACAUCUGCUGAUCCCACAUUGAAUAUUACCAUGACAAAAUAUGGUAUAUUUCAGUCUGAUUUGUUUUCUUUAGAGUGUUUUAGAACAAGUUCCCAACCUCUGUUCUGGUUCAUUGAAUCUCAGGUAGUCCCUACAAUUCACUAUGGUCACUGUGAAAACUUGAGUUUCUGUCACAUCCAAUUUUAAUCCUUCAGUGGAACUUUACUGCAUGCAUCCAAAGCGGCUUUAUGCUAAAUGGUUAACAUUAUCUUGCAUGGUGGGGCUUAUUUUAAUACUUUUUUGCCUGAGGUACAGUAUGUUGUUGCCCAGCUAGAAAAUUAGACUGUAAAAAAGCAUAAACAUGAUUUGCAUCAUUUGUCGAUAUCAUUCCUAUAACUUCCUCACCUCCUCCAGAACAGCAAGUUUAUUAAAGUACAUUAUUCUUGUCCGUUACGAUAGUGUAGUUGUUUUUGAAAAGUAAAUCUGUCAACUAUUUACCACCAGUUUCUGUUUCAAAACCCCAUCCUACCAAGUUACAUAGCCUGUUUUUGUAGGUGCAAUUAUAUUUUCAGGUAAUGACUGCCCUUAGCCACUGGUCGCUUCUAUAAACUUGAUUAAGCCUUGUAACAGGGGUGCUGUGUUUUGCCUUGCAGGAAACAAAUACAGCAUAUUUGUAAAUAUUUUACAAACCCUACCAAAGCCUUAAAAUGUGAACCCUUUACUUCAAAGGGUCCUUGCCCUUAUUCUACGCUGUUUGUAACUGCCAACAAUAAACAUUCAAUCUAAAAAGGAUCUGUAAAGUAACAUUUCAGGGCCAGCUGAAGUUGGGGUAGAAAUAUGAGUUAUCCUGUAUCUGAUAAGACUUAUUCUCAACCUUGAAUGAACUUAUAGGAAACAGUUUUGUUACAUCUUCUUGUUGUGUCUUUUACCAGUAGUAGGCUAAUUCAGAUAUAUGUAGAGAGCUACUUCAAGGACAAAAAAAAUGAAACACUUGAUGAAACUGUUAAUAAGACAGCACAAAUUGGAUGUGACCAGACUAAACGCCUACUGAAACGCCUGUCUUCCACGUGCCUGCUAUCAGCCCUCAGUCAGACUCCUGUUGACUUUUUUCACUGUGACUGAAACAGGGAGUUGCAGCUUUUAUAUAUUACAGAACAUGCCUGGGCAUGUCUACGUACACAGAUGAGGUUGCUACCUGUUGCAUUUAUUUUUCUUUUAAACAAUGUGGUGUGUUUCUUUCAACCUGAUUUAGCCUUUUUUAUUUUCUUAGAAAGAGUUUUCUCCUUGCAAAUGCUCUGUGCUUUAUAUACGAAUGUCUAAAUGAACCUGCUUUCUUUUCAUAACUUGUUUCUUUUAAUUUACCCUCAAAGUGUUCAAUUGAUUAGGUGCCCAUAUGCCAAAGUGAACUAACCAACCCCACUGUUAUUUUUGUGACUGUGACAAGGCGACGUCACUGCCCAAGCUGUUAAGGGAAGGAAGCGAGACUCGGACAAGCAAGCUGCCGGUUUAAGCGUUGUUGCGCGCUUUUAUUUACAAAUAAACAUGAAACAAGACAGACAAACACACAUUAACAAAUAAAACGGCACGAGGGCAAACAAGUUACGGACAUACAACGAACAGCACAGCAAGAAAACCAACAUUAAUUCUUUAAUUACUCUAACACCCGUGAUCACCCUAUAUACACCUGUGGCUGGAGCUUUAAUUCUUCAUUUAAUCACUUAUUCAAUUCCC